CACUUUUUACUAUCUCUUAUUUUGUUGUCAUCUUCUAUUUGUGCUUGUGAACCAUCUUUGAGCGUUAUGAGAAGCGCUAUAAAUGUGAUGUUGAAGCAGUUUUAAAAGUGUAGAAUUGGAGGGUUAAGGAUUUUGUGCCUAGCUUAUGCACUGUAUUAGCUUUUCAUAGUAUUCCUCACAUGUAGCCCUUGUUAAUGUUAGUGUUGUGUCCCUGCUGUGGAUCAGUGUGUUUACCAGCGACCUGUCCCUGUGUUUCAGCCCCUGGCUCCCUGUCCUAACUCCAAAGAGUCCAUGGCGGUGUUUGAGCAGCACAUCAGCAUGGCUCAGGAGUAUUUAAAAGUCCAGUCAGAAAUCACUCAGCUCCUCCUAAAGAAAUGGUCCAGUGUUUCCUCAGCUAAAGGAGAUUAUAACGGAAGCAUUCCUUUCCUAUCAUCAUGGCUGACACUGAGAGAGAGCCUGAUGUCGGAGCUGGAGCAGGAGCAGAGGGAGCAGCAGAGCUCCUCUCGCCUCAUCCAGGAGCACGGCAAGCUGCUGGAGGACAACAGCAGCCUGUCUGCCUACUGCCAGACCCUAAGGGGCAAGCUGAGCCUGGUCCAGAGCCAGAACCAGCAGCACAGUUAGGGCUCGCCUCCGCUGCUAACCAAUGAGAGGACUCACUCCAUGAACUGAGCAUACAGUAGGGAAGCCCGUUAACGCAUCAAAAAAAGGAUAACUGGUUACGAAGUGGGUCCAACACUGGCUCAAACAGACUUCCACUUUAGGAUUUCUUUUGUUUUAAAUGUUUAAAACUUGUAUUUUUUUUAGGUACAAUUCUGAUCUUAUGUUCAAAGCAAACAUUUACAAUCAUUUCAGUUGAUCUUUAAAAGAAAUACCGUAUUUUAGUUUUUUUAGAUCAUGACAUUUAAACAACAUUUUAAAACACUACGUCCAUGUCUGGGCCUCAUACAUUUUAUGACCAUAACAAGUUAUAUGAAAUUUGACAUUUCACGUUUGUGUUUGUAUUUUGAUAAUAUGUUCAAAGCAAACAUUUCCAAUAUUUUCAGUUUGACUUUAAAAUAAAUAUGAGCAACUUUUGUUCUUCUUAGAUCAUGAAAUGUAAACAAAAACAAAAGAAGCUACUAAAUCCACGUCUGGGCCUCCGUACAUCUUCUGACUAUGAAAUCGAAUGUUCUUAUUGAUAUUACAUGUUGGUGAUGGAAUGCUGGGACCAAGGACACCCAUAUGAACUCUGAAAUGGAACCAAAGGUGUCAUGUGGUGGGAGGGGGAGGGGGGGGAACUUGCCUUGCCUUAUAGCCAGUGAGUGUUAUUUUUGGUGUAUUUUUUUUUAGAAAAAGUAACAAUUUGUAAAUUCUUACUUUUCUAUAUUCAGUUGAUCACACCCGUUGUAUUGUGUUUGAUGAAAAAAGGAAGGGAAUUGUGGGCCGUAUCAUUUUAAACCAAUUUGACUGUGAAUACAAGCCUUACCAAAGGCUUUCUGCUCCAGAGACACGGUGCCUCGGAGCCAGAGGAGAGCUUUGUUAACGGCUGUUUGAAAUGGAAAUAAGUGUAGAAUAAUGAACCUGACACACAUUUCUCUAUCUGUUUAACUUUCUUUUUACACAGUUAUAUUUCACGGAAUUAUAUUAACAUUAUUCUGCACUGCACUUAUUUGGGUGAAAGAAAGCACGUGUUUGAGUGUCACUUGGUGCUUUCACUGACCGUGGGUUACUAUGGGAUGGAUUGGUCAUUUUAAUUCAUUUCUUCAGACGGUGCCUAAGGAUUGUUCCUGUACAGUUCAUUUUUUUCAUCUCAGUUUAUUUUAUAAAACAUUUGUCCUGUGAUUUUAAAAAUGUACAUACUGCAAUAUAUGCUUUUAGAAAGUAAAAACAAGGUUUGUACGA